ACAGCUACGAAAAAGUGCCCCAAAUCCACAAUAGACAAGAGAAAAAUCUAGCCAACGGCAACCAUCAAAAGAACUUAAUAUCUAUAAUAAUGGCUCCCUCAGUUGAAUCAGAUGCAGUUAUUCUCUUUGCCACUGAGAAGGAUUCUCUUAUUGCCGACCGCAACACCCAUGCCACCCGCGUCGCUGGGCUGGGCGUGGAUCCCGAAAAGAAAGCCCUCUUCGCCAGUGUCACCAAGCGUAUCGACUACACCCUCAAGAUCGGAACCGAGUUGCAUGGUAUCCGACUGACUCAGUUGACUGAGCAGCAGGCCGAGGAGCUAGCUGCCUUCGUUGCCGAGCGUGGUGUUGUUUUCUUUCGAGAUCAGGAUGACUUGGACGGUAAUGAGCAUGUCAAGCUUGGACGUCGCUGGGGCCCCUUACAUAUUCAUCCCCUUAUCCCUCAUGAGCAAGAGAAUCCAGAAGUUAUCGUUUUGGACUCUCGCCUUAAUCCUCCAAAUCGCUACAAUACCAACAAUUCAUGGCACUCGGAUGUGUCGUUUGAGCCAGCUCCAUCCUCGUUCUCGAUCCUCAAGUUUGAUGAAAUUCCAGAGUCUGGUGGAGAUACUGUCUGGGCCAACGGGUAUCAGCUCUAUGAUGAUCUCUCGCAGCCAAUCAAGACUUUACUCGAAGGUCUUACUGCCACACACUCUUCAGACAUCUUCCGCAUAAUUCAAGCUCGCACAGGGCGCAAAACAUUUGGCAAGUUGAACGACUCAUCACACCCUGUUGUCCGUACCAACCCUGUCACAGGUUGGAAGUCUAUCUUCACCAACUCAGUCUUCACUCGCGAAAUCGAUGGUGUCACAUCUUUGGAGUCUAAAUGGAUUUUGGAUUAUCUGAAUGAUUUGACAUCUAAGCGCCUAGAGUAUCAGGUUCGCUUCAGAUGGGAGAAGCAUAGCGUGGCUAUCUGGGACAACCGCUCUACUUUCCAUACAGGUGUGCCAGACUUUAGGCCUUAUAACCGCCUUGGUUUGAGAGUCACUGUCUCAGGUGAGGUCCCUUAUUAUGACCCCAGCUCGGGAACUCAAGCGAAGGCUUUCGAGUCCACUGCCAAGGCAAUUAUCGCUAAACAGGAGGCUGCUGAGGCGGAAAAAUCUAAGAAAGGGCUUGACAAUCUUCAGCUAGCCUAAUAAUACUCUCUUUUUUUAACACUACAUAAUUGAUUAUAACAUGCAUGUAUAUAUUGCGUUACAACAAAGGGUCUGAAUUCAAAUAACAAGAGGAUUAAUAAAAGAUUGGAG